AUGUCUCACGCCAUAUGGGGUGUGGAAACUCUCUCGCAAAGAGUAGUACGCACACAGAAAAACACGACAGGUCUUAAAUUAACACCUCGAAAAAAAGAACUGCUGCAAACACACUACCGAUAUUAUUUAGAUCAACAGAAUUACUCUCAAGAAAUAUUCAAUAGAGAAAUAAAAGAGGCGACCGUCAAUAAAUAUCUGGACAGUGCUAUUCAAGUCGCAAAAAAAUAA